AUGGACUGGCAAUUCGAUGGUUUUCUGGGGUCUAGGCAAGAGGAACGUCUGGCUAAUGCCGCAACCAGGGCGGCAGCCGCAGGAAUCCCGGUCGAACGCGAUCGCGAACCAUUGACAAUGACGAUGAGUCCGUCAGCCACCGCUCAGUUCCGAGACCCCACGCCAACGUUAAACAACAACAAAGGAGUUCCUUGGCCAGGUGCCACAGCAAACACGACAAUACCCAACGAACAGGACGACAUGCUGGUGGAUCUGUACUACAAGACACCAAGUCUGUGGCUGACAACCUCUGCGGGCUUGAUUGGCUUCGUCGUUGGUGCAGUGCUGAACAAAUAUCCUGUCAACGAGGACGCCCAACUUUGGAUCGGACUGCUUGGAUCUCUCCUGAUUCGGGCGCUGGAAUGCCUCGCACUGCCUUUAAUCUUCACAAGCGUCACAAAAUGUUUCGCUAACCUUGUAGUCUCCGACAAGACCCGCCCCGUUAUGGUACGUGUGGCCAUUUACUUCGUCCUCGCAGCGCUGAUAGCAAGUUGCGUAGCGGUGGCCGUGGCCUUCUGCUUCUCUGGCUCGUUCGAGAUCAAAGCUGACUUUCCGGAAGCCACCACAAACUUCCAGUUCGUUUUACGGUGUCCGAACGGCAAGUAUUUCUCUAGACAAGAUGAGUGUUCUGCCCAGUCCUUUCUCGAUGGUCAAGUCCUCACCGCUGUCAAUGUCACGGGAUUCCCAAGUGGCGUGCAGAUAUCACUCGCGUCAGCUAGUGGCGUGUUCCCUGACACCCAAAGUUUGGCUACUCAGAUCGUGCUGUUCUUUGCCGAUUUUCUCACUGAAAACAUUGCCAGCGCCUUCGUGACUGUGCAAUUUCUCGGCGUUACCAUUUUCAGUAUGAUCAUGGGAGCGACAAUUAUGGCCGUAUACGACCCAACCGCUGGAGAGCGGAAUCACGCGCUGGUGUUGAUUCACCAGGUUCACAUCGUGCUCGAGAUGAUCCUCAACUGGCUCGUACCUUACAUUCCCCUUGGGACGUUGUCUAUGAUGACGUACUCGAUUAUGACUGGUGAGAUCUCACAAGAAGCGAUGCGUCACUCGCUCUACUUCGCACUCACCAUGAUCGUCGCACUGGUCGCCAACUUCUUCUUCGUGGCGUGCGCCUUGUACGUGGUUCUAGUGCGCCGCAACCCGUUGAAGUUCACGUGGUUCCUCAUGCCAGGCGCCAUCUUUAUGCUGGCAACGGGGGACUAUUUGGCUACAACGCCCGUGCUUCUUCGCAGUCUGGAGAAAUCCCGCCAAGUUUCACGCACGAUGGCGCAGUUCACUAUCUGCCUGGGCGUGUCCUUGUGUUUGUGCGGAACGGCAGUCUUCUUUGUAGUGGCCCCGAUCUUCAUGGCCUACACUAGCGGCAUGGGCGACAUCGUCACCCCUGGCCGCGUCAUCGGGCUAGUUGUUAUUGCAACUGCGAGUUCUAUCGGCUUACCGCUUGUACCAGGCUCAGCCCUCACGUUCACGUGCACCAUUUGGCGCACACUGUUCACUAGCCAAGUACCCGGGUCUUUUGUGCAUGUGGUAGCCAUGGAGUGGGCCAUGUAUCGCUUGCGUCGAACGUACAACAUCAUUGUGGCCGCCUUCAUUGCUCGUAUCAUCGCUGAACAGCUUGAUGAGACCGUGGAGGACGAAGAGGACAGAGCGCACCUCGACGAGCGGCUAGGAACGACACAAGGAACGAAAUAG